UUCGAGACCUGGUGUCCCUCUAAUAAAUCACACAUGUCAGCACCACCAGAAGGACCACUAUCUGCAUAACAGCAUAGGCACCUACAACCGUUCUCAGACAUAUCAUACUAGCUACAUUGCUAUGUCUGAGAACUGUUUUAGGUGCCUAUGUUGUUAUUAGGCAGAUCGUGGUCUUUCUGGUGGUGCUGGAGACUCUCCAAGCUUCGCCGCGCAUGAUAACUUGGUACCUGUCAUGCGUGGUGAGCUUGUAUGCGCGCGAACGCUGUAUCUACCAACAUGCCAACUUUGGCCGGAUCUUGAGGACCUAUAGCCCUGUUGUCAUUGCGCAAAGACACAUCCAUAUGUAGGUCUUCAAGAUCCGGCCAGACGCCCGGAAUGUGCAUCAGCAACGCGCGAUCGAACCCUCUCAAAAGGAGUUGUUUCAUUGUUGCGUAUUGUUUUUCUCAUUUUUUGCUUGGCCAACACGAUUAAUGGACCCGGAUAUGUCGUAAAAAGGUGUCCUGUAACUUUCUUCCUUCGAAAUCUGCUUCAUUAAAAACCUCGGAUUCUCCAAUUCCCAACAUAUAUCUCCUGGGCAUAGCCACUGGUGGCAAGCCCCGUCCAACCCGACCGACAAUGGACGACCCGGUCCCCGACGGUGGUCUGCUCUUCAUGAGCGAAGAAGACUUCGUCGUAGACUUUGCAAGCGAUGACCUGGAAAGCUUGCCAUGGAAUGCUCCAUAUGAUACGAAUGACGCAGCGUUUGCCGACGUACACCAGGAAACAACCUUUGCAGAUACAGUCAACUCGGUUAAUACGAACUCAUUUAACAUUUACUCCGAUCAUAUCAACCCAACUUCACAUAACACUCAAGAGCUGCUAGCUCUAGAUACCACGUAUCUUGAUAUCUUACCUAUGAAUUGGGACUUCAUGACGAUGCCCACUGAUCCCAUCACUACCGCUCUUGCUGGUUCUAUAACAACCACAGAGCAAUCCAAUUACUCCACUACUUACACGAGCUCUUCCUCACCAAUGGCCCAAAGCAGUCCAGUAGCACUAUCGCAGUCACGAAUAUCCGACCGCUUAUGGACAAAAAGUGCGGAAAACGCAUCAAGCACAACAACCAGACGACGAAGAACGAUGAUGCAGCCAGGCACCAGACCUUGUGACUUGAAAAGACAGAAGCGAAAAGAAGAUAAGCCUGAGAAGUGUCACAUCUGUGGAAAGGGGCACCAGUGGAACCGCGAUCUGGAGAGGCACUAUUGGAGUAACCACCCAGUUGAGGCAGCCAAGAUGGGCCUUAGUCGAAGCGAGCCUAAGUGUAGGCACUGUGGGAAGGACUUUGCGAGACGAGAUCAUUUAAAAAAGCACUUAAAGAGGAAGCAUGGGGGUAGUUAAGCGUGUGAGCUGUUGGGUAAACCUACUAAGCUGUAGUCUCCUUUGUCUUGAGUUUUAGUUACCUUACUUCAGUUAUAAGAAAUAAGUAUAAAUGAACCUGCAUGCUCUGUAUAGAUGAGGUGCAUAACCCGAC